AACGAGACAUUUUGAGUUUCUUCCCUGAAUCUUUUGGGCCAGUUUAAUCCAAAAAAUAAGUUGUAAAUUUCAUAUUAAGUGAAAAAGAAACCAAAACUUUUUCACUUCUGGAGUUUGGCGUUGUUUCUUAUAGCCGAAAGGUUUUUCUGAAAACAUGGCAACGGAUGGAAAAGACGGAUUGCAGGAAUAUAACAAGAGUUUGAUUAAAAAGGCCGAGACAGUGAUUACGAAGAGCUUUCCCGAGAAAAUUGUUCAGCUAAAUGAGUUGUUGGCCUCGCCAAUGUUUAAUCUGAGCAUUUUAAGCGAGAUGAGUCAUGACCUGAAUAUUUCCCUUCCGGAUCCCGUGUUGGGCAAUGAGGAUGAGGAAGAGGUUGAUGCAUCUUUAGAUAAUUUGGAUAACAAUGAUCAUAGGCCGACGAAUCGGGCAAUAUGGAAAAUGAUUACAGUUGUUAAGCCAAUUAUCCGUCAGCUAACGGAAGAUGCAAAUACAUUGAAAAUGUGGAUUGUCCUCAUGGUACCCAAAGUAGAGGAUGGAGAUAAUUUUGGUGUAUCCGUUCAGAUGAUAACACUGGCCGAAGUAGAAGAAACGGAAUCAAUGGCUAAGAAUUGGUUUAAUGGGAUUUGCCGGUACUUUCUAUUGCGUGCCGAGAUCAUUUCCUCAUUGGCCCAAUUUCCAUAUAUAGAAGACUAUCAACGCGCCCUGGAGGACCUGGAUGAAAAGGAGCUUUUUAGUAUGUGGAUGGUUGCAUGUGAAAUACGGGAUCGGUAUCUUUUACUUUAUGAUUUGUUUACGAAGAAUAUUAAGAAACUAAAAGAACCACGAUCCUCGAAUGGUGGAGGGAUCUAUUAGUUGGAUAGAUGGUUAUGCAUCGAUAUAUGUAUGUCUGAUGUGUUUCUAAAUUAAUAAAGUUCACUGUUUUCUAAUAAUUAAA